AUGUUCGCCUGUUCGCUGCUGUUCGUAUGGGCGACCUCUUCGAUCGCCGACGGGCAUUCCUAUUUGGCCCAGCCGGCCUCCCGAAACUUGCUGGCCAACCUCGAUGGUGAAGAGACCUGCCCGCACUGCUUGCAGUCGGGUGGCCCGGACAACGUCCAGGAAAGAGGCCAGGGCAUGUGGCCCACGCGCUUGGCGCCAGAGUCUCAUGGCCUGUGUGGCGACCCUGUGCAAGGGAAGAGUAAUCCCCCGACCUUCAAGGAUGAGACCUACCUCAAGAAGGGCCCCAUUACUGCCACCUAUCGAGCGGGCGAGAUCGUGGAAUUCCAGAUCGCGGUCAGCACCCACCACAUGGGUCACUAUGAGUUCCGGAUUUGUGACAAGGCCUUGGAUGUCAAGACCUUGAGCUCAGCGGCCGAGGGCCAGGCCUGCUUGGACCAGUGGCUCCUGGAACGUGCGGAGCCCUCGGCUGACUGCGAGGUGAACGACCCGCGUGGGGACUGUCAACCCAUUGAUCCGAAGCACCCCGAGCGUUGGUACCUCCCGCCAGCGGGCAGCCAGACCCCGGUGGCUGGAGCCGACUGGAAAGACACCAUGGCCAGCACUUAUCCAAGCUCACACGAGGUUCAUGUCAUGCGCUACAAGAUCCCAGACAAUCUCAGCUGUGAGGCGUGCACCUUGCAGUGGUACUGGUCUACCGGCAACAGCUGUCUCUAUGACUUCGACUACGUGAACUACUUCAAGGAGUUCGCAAAAUUAGGCUGGGAUGCCGAUGCCUGGCAUAGCCAGAUCUUGGCCAGCUGGCGAAGCUGCGAGAACAGCUGUUGUAAUGCCGAGAAGUUUGGCGAAGAGUUCUGGAACUGCGCGGACAUCGCAGUGCUGCCGGGCUCAACAGGAUCAUCCACCUCAUCAGUCGAAGCCAGCACAGCGACGACCACGACGACCAGCACGAGCACCACGACCACCACGACCACGACCGUGUCCAUUAUUACUGAUGAUGAGUUCAACCCAGUGGAUGGUGGUGAGGGAAGAGCUUGCCGAGGGGCGCAUCCUGCUGAUAAUGCCGCCGCAUACUAUACCGUUGUGGCGGUCUCCUCCUUGGAAGACUGCAAAGCAGAGUGCUCCAAGGUGCCAGUCUGCCGUGGCGUGGAGUUUUCGGGGCAGAGGUGUGAAAUCUGGUCGCGGCCCGAGGGUAUUGAAGCCUCGAUCCCCUUGGCAGGCUUCACCUGCUUGCGUUAUGGCAGCUACACCACCACCACUUUGCCUCAGAUGGGCACCUUUGAGCCAGUGGAUGGGGGUGAAGACCGUGCCUGCCGUGGAGCGAAUGUCAACGACAACCUGCCGAGUCACUACACUGUGCUGCACGACAUCGGCAGCUUGGAUCGUUGCAAGGUGGAGUGUGCCAAGGUGACCAGCUGCGCGGGCAUCGAGUUUUCAGGUUCGCGAUGUGAGGUUUGGACCCGCAAGGAGGGCAUCGAGGCCACCAAGGUCCUCAAAGGCUUCCAAUGUUUGCGCUAUAUGCCUCCCGUCGCCACCACCACCACCACCACGAAGCCUGACGGCUUUGGUUGUUCAGCGGCCUGGGGUGCCUGUGGUGGCCGGAAUUGGAAUGGAGCAAACUGCUGUGUGGAUGGCUAUACUUGCGUCGAGGAGAGCGUUUGGUAUUGGCAGUGCCGACCAACCGAGUCCGCGUCCUUGGUGGAGGUGCCGGGCUUGCAACGCCGUGCCCUGGCGGAGACGGAGACGACCCCUCAGUUGCAAGUGGAAGAGCUUCCGCGGUACCACAAUGCUUCAAGACGGCUCGCAGCUUGUGCAAAGCAGCAGGGUGUCAUGGUGUUGGAUGGUGUGGGCGUAGAGGCCUGCACAGGGCUCACUUCCGAGUAUGGAGAUGUGCUCUUUACGUGGAUUGCACUUGGGCUCAAUGAGGCCGUUUUCAACGUGGACAAUGCCAUCAACUCACAGCUGGCGGGCCGACUGUUUCAGGUCAUCACCCGCAUCCGCAAAGAGUACCAAGCAGGUCACUUCUAUGCAGCAGACCGAGGACACUACUUGGCCUUCUUGGGAACGCUUCAGAAUCAGCCCUGCUUCAGUGCACGGCAGUCUGCGCUGCUGCGGCAGUGGAUCGCCGAAGCCCUGCAGCCCGGGCGGGAGCGGGACGACGCGAGGAACUCUGGUGAGCGCCCCAACUGGAAGAAGCUGCGGCAGCUGGAAGAGACCAGUCAGGCCUUGUCGCGGGAGCUUCAGAAGUUAAAAACUCUGCAGAAGGCGGUGCAGACCUUUGCCUCCUUCGAGAUGCCAGGACGGAAGACGUCUCCUUCCCCGCCGAAGACGUCGCCCCCAGUUCCGCGCUCGGAGGUGGCGAGGAAAGGAGCCGAGGAUAGCAAGCCAGUGGAGCGCAAGAAGGCUGAAGAGCCGGGCUACCAGGUGCAGACAGACUUUGGGUGGACUCGCUACGAUGCCACAGCGCAGGAACAGAUCCGGUCAGCGGCCAGCAAGGGGCGGCCAGAUUGUGAGAUUUUCGCGCAGGGCCAAUACUACAAGGUGGAUCUCAAGCGCAUGGUGCAGAUCAACCCCAGCACGGGCAAUGAGCGCACGGUCCGCUUGGCGGGGCUGCCGCAGCCAGCGCCAGAGAUGCCCAAACUGAACUUCAAGCGGCUUUUGGUGGAGUUCAAACAAGUGGAGGCAGCGAUCGCGGCCGGCGAAGCUGCCCCGUGGUUGCUCCGCUGCGAGCCAGUCGAGGACAACCUGAUGGAGUGGGAGGUCGAUAUGUCCUUCCCAGCCGAAUCAGAUCUGCAGAAGAGCUUGGAGAACCUGGCUGCCAGCAUGUUCGACACGCGUUUGAACCGCUUGACGCUUUGCGUUCGCUUCACGGUGGAGUUCCCCUUGAGCCCACCGGAAGUGUGGCUGCGCAGACCCCGGAUGCGCUACCGAGAGGGAAAGACAGGCCCCGUUACCUUCGGCGGUCGUGUGUGUAGUUUGCUCUUGGCCUCAGCGGGUUGGCAGCCUGCCACAUCGAUGUUGAGCGUCUUCAAGGAGGUUCAGCAGUCUUUGUUGGAGUCGGAGAUCGAGGCCAACACCAUGGUACAUGUCAAGAAGGAGUAUCCCAAGGCUUCUAUUCAACUUGAACGCCUCAACACCGAGCUCUUUCACACCGUGAACGGCUUCUGCCGUGAGGGCAUGACCGCCCUCAGCCCCGAGGCCGCGCAGCCCUUUCUGGGCGACCUCAAGAGGUUGGAGGUCACGGACAAGAUCGGGCUGCCGUUGAGCUAUGCCAACAGCAUCUACCAACGAGCGGAGCUCGGUGCCGACCUGGUCUUGCCGAUGAUCUUUGAGAUCAAGACCCUCUUGGGCCGGAAGAGUCACUGUGCGAUCUUCGAGUUCUUUGAUGGGCUCCCGGAGAUGCACGUUCUGAUCCCCAAGUGGGUCAUGGAAGACCUGGCCAUCGAUGAGCGCGAGCCUGUGAGGGUGCGAGGGGUCGAGCUGGACUUGGUCACAAGCGUCAAGGUGCAGCCCCACAGCGUGGACUUCUACCACGCGGUGCGCGACAGCGGCCGGGAGGUGCGGGAGCUGCUCACGGAGUCCCUUGCGCGCUUCAGCACCCUCACAGAGGACACAGCUGUGCCCAUCGAAGUGAAUGAGAAGUUCUUUCAGGUGCAGGUCUUGAGUGUCGAACCUCAUGGAGCCGUUCGAAUUAUUGACAUGGAUGUCCAGCAUCACUUCGAGUUCAAGGUGGAAUUCGAGCCCGCCCCUGACUUGGAAGACGAAGCGGCCACCAAGGAGUACCAAGACCGAGUGCUGAACUCGAUCAAGCUGCGGCGGGAGCGGUCGGCGGCGGGUCGGCAGGAGAUGGAGCAGAAGCGCUUGGAGGCCCGACGCAAGCGGUACCAAGACUUGCUCCAGAAGGUGUCCACGGAGGAGACACCUGCAGGUGGGGCAGAUGGCACAGUUGAGAUUGCCUUGAGGAUGCCUGAUGGCUCACAAGUGAAAGGCAAGUACUCGGAGGGCCUCUCCGUCCAGCACCUGCUGCGUGCAGCGCUCGAGAGCAAGUGGGCCCAGACCGCCCUGCCCUGGGGCCUUUACCUUCGGAUGGCGUUUCCCAAGAAGGUGCUGAAGGAAGAUGACCUCAUCACCAAGGACUUCCAUCGCAGUGCACUGAGCGUCCAGGAGGAACAGGCGCCAGAAAAAGAUGAGGAGCUCUUUGCUGUCCUUUGGGAUGCGCCAAUGAAGCGGCCGAAGCGGGGGGAGCCUGAGGCCUUGGCUCCUUUACCCGUUCCCGAGCGGGACGAGGCCACCCUGAUGGCUAGGACGCAGCGGGCCUUUGAGAUGCAGCGCUUCCUGCGGGCAGGGUUCAGCUUGGAGGAGGCGGAAGAAAAGUUCCAAGCUGGCGAGAUCUUGCCGCCCACAGCAGCCUCGAGGCGUCCUGUUCCGAAGCCACCCGGUGGCCCGGGUUCACCCAAGCGUCCGCAGCUAAAGCGCUCGCUGUCGGAAGAGGAAGAGCGAAUGAAACGUGUUGAGGAAGUCAUGAGCUUCACUGGCGUGGAACGCUCGGCUGCGGAGAAGGCCCUAGAGGAGACCCAGUGGAUCACUGACCUGGCUGUGAACCACGUGUUGGACGGCCUGGUCGCCGACUGA